AUGUCAAAAUUGACAAGAUCAUCAUAUUCAUCAAGUUCAUUGCUGCGGUUAGGUAAUUUUUCAUAAAUUUUCAGCUAUGUUAUGAAUCAAUUCAUAUGAUAUGUCACGUCGUCCAUCUCCUUUAGAUAAUGAACAAUGUAGACAAUGCUCAAGUUUCUCAGAUUAUGUCAAAUCAACCAAAAAAAGAGUCCAACAAGAGGGAUCACUAAAUACAGACGACAAUAACAAUGAAGGAAUGAAACCAAGAAGGACUGAUUGCCCCUUAGAUAAAGAUGAAUUAGGAAAUAAGUCAUGGGGUUUGCUCCACACAAUGGCAGCAAAGUAUCCCGAAACCCCAUCGAGGGAGCAACAGUGCGAUAUGUUGUCGUUCUUUAAAACUUUCUCCAAGUUUUAUCCAUGUGAACAUUGUGCCAAGGAUUUGAGAGAGGAGUUAAAAAUUGACCCUCCAAAAACGGAGUCGCAAGAAGCACUGAGCCAGUGGCUGUGUAGACUACACAAUAAGGUGAAUAUCAAAACGGGUAAAGAAAUUUUUGACUGUUCAAAGGUUAACGAGAGGUGGCGAGAUGGAUGGUUAGAUGGAUCAUGUGAUUAUUAAAAAUUUAAAAAAAAAUCGAAAAACGAAUUUUAUAUGAAGAAAUAUUUAAUAAAAAUAGUAGUAACAUUA